UAAUCCCCACCACGCACCGCCUUCCAGAACCUUCCAUUCCCAAAGCGGCUACCUAACGCCCUCGGCGUCGUCUCCCAAGCCCCCCAUCCUUCUCAGGUGCUGCUGCUGCUCGAGCGAGAGAGAUCGAUUGGGUUCUGGCCGGCUUGCCAGUCAGCAUCUUAGGCUUGAUUGCCGACCUCUGAACUGCUCGAAUCCACCAUUUUCCGGUGUGCGAGCAAACAUUUGGGUGCCUGCCGCGGCCUUUGCUCUGUUCCGCGGAGGUUCAGUGCUGUGUUGCUCGGUUGUUGUUGCCGUGAUGAUGAUGAAUCCGGUGAAGGUGGAGAGCCGCGCCUCCUCGGUGGCGGCAAAUGGUGCCGCGCCGCGGCCGAUGGACGCGCUCGCCGACGCCGGCCCGACGCCGUUCCUCGCCAAGACAUACGACAUGGUCGAUGACCCGACCACGGACGCCGUCGUGUCGUGGAGCGCCACCAACAACAGCUUCGUCGUCUGGGACCCCCGCAUGUUUGGGACCGUGCUGCUGCCGAGGUACUUCAAGCACAACAACUUCUCCAGCUUCGUCCGGCAGCUCAACACCUAUGGUUUCAGAAAGGUGGAUCCUGACAGGUGGGAAUUUGCAAGCGAGGGAUUUCUGAGAGGACAGAGGCACCUUCUAAAAAAUAUUAAGCGUCGGAAACCUCCACAGGCAUCUCCAAAUCAGCAAUCUCGUGGCUCCUACCUUGAGGUAGGGCACUUUGGUUAUGAUGGAGAGAUUGAUCGGUUGAAGAGGGACAAGCAGCUCUUGAUGGCUGAAGUGGUGAAGCUCAGGCAGGAGCAACAAAACACAAGAGCAGGUCUGCAUGCCAUGGAAGAGAGGUUGCAAGGAACUGAGCAGAAGCAACAGCAGAUGAUGUCAUUCUUGGCACGAGUCAUGCAUAAUCCUGAGUUCAUACACCAGCUUGUCUCCCAGAGCGAGAUGAGGAAGGAGCUCGAAGAUGCUAUCUCAAAUAAAAGAAGGCGCCGCAUCGAUCAGGGACCUGAAGCUGUUGAUAGCACGGACACCAACUCUAGCCUGGAGCAAGGGUCACAGAUAAUGUUUGAGCCGCCGGACCCAGUGGAUGCGUUCAUCAAUGGCUCUCCGUCCGAUCUUGAAAGUUCGUCCGUGGAGACAAAGGGAGCCGAGGUGCAACAGGGUGCUGCUUCUGGCAGCUCUCCACCACUGAAGGGCAGGCCCAGUAGGGAGCUAAAUGAUGAUUUCUGGGAGGACCUUCUGCACCAAGGGGGACUCACUGGUGAUGAGGCUGGUGACCCUGUGGUUCCAGAUGACAUGAACUUCUUUGCCCAGAAGAUGAACUUCCCUUGAUUCAAACAACAUGAACUCUGGACAGUAGUGCAUCUCUUCUGUCAUCCCCCGGUGUCUCCGACGAUCCUUACCCACCACCAUUGCCUGCUACUAUUAUGUAUAUGUACUGCAUCUGUAAUCCGAUUGCACGCAUGAUCAGUUGGGUAGGUCGCUGCUGCUUCCAGAGACGAUGCUAUGCUACCGCAUCAGUAUGAUGAUCAGCCUGUGGGAGCAUUUUGGUUGGGGCAUGGAUAUCUAUCUGGUGCUCAUAUGCCUUCCAUGAUCUGCGCAAAGGAUAGUACUACAGAGUGCUGUACUAGUAUGCAGUUUGUCAUUUGCUAGUGUAUAUGUAUGUGCAGUGGCUGCUAAUUCUCUGGAAGAUGUCGAUGUACAGUAACCUGUUGCGACUGUUGUACGUACUACUGUGUUGUACUCGGUGCCAUCUUUCCUAGACAUUCUACUGUUUUUUUUCUUUCUUUCA